UUCUGCUUUAAAAACUACAACUCCCAUGAUCCCAUGCGCCAGAGGUAACCACAGCGACCCGCGAUCACAUAACAGCUUGAAAGAAGAAAGGAUGUCCUAUCUGUAGAUUCAGCUCCAGCUCUUUCAUGUCAUGUUUUUUGGUCCUGUGGCAGAGGAGCAGACAGGAUGCCCUACCACUGUGUGGCCUACGGGUGUGGCAAAACCGCAGAGGACAGUGUGACGCUGUACAAAUUCCCCAAAGAUCCCGAAGAGUUUCGCAAAUGGGAGAAGCAGGUCCAGCGAACCCGCAGCAACUGGGUAGCCACAGCCACGUCCCACCUGUGCAGCGAGCAUUUUGGCAAAGAGUACUUUGAGCACAAGCUGCCCAGCGUCACCCUCAAAGCUCUGGCUGCCACGGGGAAUCUGAAGCUGAAGCCCGGGGCCGUCCCGACUGUUUUCAUACGCCCACCAUGCACCACCUGCGAUCGAGCCGGCUGCAGCAAAUGCCUGCCUGCCAUCCAGCGCAGGAGCAUCACUGUAGAGCCGAGAGAAUAUAAAGUCCCUGGAGAAGACGAGGAGAGGGCCCCCAUUCAGUUUGACAACAGCAGCGGAGAGGGUCAGGAAGACGGGAAGAACAGCCAAGAAGAAGCAGCGGUUCACAGCGGCACUAAAACAAAGGACGACAGACCAGUGGUGUGCGAGAUGUGUGGCACCACCGGCACCAUCGGCACCUUCUAUUCCAAGACCAAGCGCUUCUGCAGCAUGUCCUGCUCGCGCUCCUAUUCCUCCAACUCCAAGAAGUCCUCCAUACUGGCGCGCCUGCAGGGAAAGCCCCCGUCAAAAAACGCCACAGUGCUAAACAAGGUGACCAAGGCCCCUCCAACUGUCGGAGUGGAUGCAUCUGCAUCAGGCUUCGACUGGGGCUCCUACCUGGAGAGGGAAACGUCUCUGGCUGCGUCUGUCUCCUGCUUCAGACACGCUCCUCUUUGCUCCCAGUGGGACGACAUCACGGUUGGGAUGAAGGUGGAGGUCUUGAACACUAAUGCAGUCCUGCCCAGUAAAGUCUACUGGAUUGCCACCGUCAUCCAGUUAGCAGGGUACAAAGCUCUGUUACGAUACGAGGGCUUCGAACACGACAGCAGCCACGACUUCUGGUGCAGCCUCGGCUCAGGGGAGCUGAACCCGAUCGGGUGGUGUGCCAUGACGAGCAAACUGCUGGUGCCGCCGCAGGAUGUGCAGCAGAACAUCCCAGACUGGAAAGAGUAUCUGAUGAAGAAGCUGGUGGGAGCAAACACGCUACCUGUUGACUUCUACCUCAAGCUCGCAGAGAGUAUGAAGUUUUCAUUCAAGCCGGGGAUGCGUGUCGAGGUGGUCGACCCCAAACACGUGAGCCGGACCCGCCUGGCCAUCGUGGAGUCGGUUAUCGGCGGUCGUCUGCGGCUGCUGUACUCCGACCAGAGUGACGCCCCCGAGAACAUGAUCGCCGAUUUCUGGUGCCACAUGUGGAGCCCCCUGCUGCACCCGGUGGGCUGGUCCAGGAGAGUCGGUCACGACAUCAAACCCCCCGUCAAGAAAACUGAAGUCGGUGGUGACGGCCACCCUCCGUGCCGAAAAGGUCAAUUUGACAGCACGCCGCUGCUUUUCAAGAAGCCCAGGUUCGUCUACAUGGAGGGAGGUUUCUUUGAGGAAGGAAUGAAGCUGGAGGCCAUUGACCCUCUCAAUCUGGGAAACAUCUGUGUGACCACAGUGCACAAGGUGCUGUCAGAGGGCUACCUGAUGGUCGGUGUCGACGGCGCCAAUUCGCUCAACGGCAACGACUGGUUCUGUUACCACGCCUCCGCUCACGGCAUCCUUCCCAUCGGCUUCUGCGAAAAGAAUAACAUCCCCCUCACCGUACCUCCAGGUUAUAACUCGCAGACCUUCACCUGGGCUGAAUACCUGAAGGAGACGAACUCUAAAGCUGCACCGGCUCGACUGUUCAACACUGACUAUCCCGGCCACGGCUUCUCCCCCAACAUGAAGCUGGAGGCAGUGGACCUGAUGGAGCCCCGCCUGGUGUGUGUGGCCACCGUGAAGCGCUGCGUGGGCCGCCUGCUGCUCAUCCACUUUGACGGCUGGGAGGACGAGUUUGACCAGUGGGUCGACCACCAGUCGCCCGACAUCUACCCUGUCGGCUGGUGCGAGGUGUCCGGAUACCAGCUGCAGCCGCCUCUCGGAGCAGUAGAACCAGUGGAAAUCCCAGUGGCACGUCCAAAGAAAACCAAGCCAUUUGUGUACGGGAGAAAGAAAAAGAAGAAUAUGAAGAGGAGACUGUCCUCGCUGGAGCACGUUGAGUGUCACUCUGAUGAGGAAGCCGGUCAGAGGCGACCUCUUGCUCAGCGCCCCGGGGUGAUCAGCCCUGACGCCCCCCAGCAGCUGGAAGGCCCAGGUCUUCUACCAAAAGUCCCUCUCAUCCAGCCCAAGACUGAGCCAGAGGAGCAGGAGAUCUUUGCAGUGCAGGUGAAGGUGGAGGAGGUGGAGAUGGAGACUCCCAUUGCUCCUUCAACAGACCCUCUGCAAGCCUCUCCUGUCCCUCCACCGUGUCUUAGCCUGGUCAAACAUGAGAAGGAUGGAGCAGAGCAGAGCACGAUGGGAAACGCAGAAAACCACAGGAAUGAGCCGAGCAAAUCCCAUGAGAGCGAAACUACAGAGAAAGGAGGGGAAGAGCAGAAAACGGCAGAAAAGAAAGUAACAGAGGACAUUAGUGAUCAAAUCAUACAGAAGAGUAAAAAUGGAAGGAGUGACAGUGAAGAGUUGAUAAAAAAGAUGGACACUGGAGAGGAGAGCCAAGGAGAUGAGAGCAUCACCGAGCAGGGAGACAGGACAGCACCUGAGCAGAGUCUGUCUGCUGAAAAUGUGGAGAAGAACGAUGAGAAAGAGGUGGAGGAGCAAAGAGAGGAGGAUGACAGCAUGGCUUAGAGCAAGGACGAUGGGACAGCAGAGAGAGAGAGAGAGAAAAAUGUAAAUAAAAGACUAAAUCAAAGAGGAAAACAAAAAACAAACAGAAAGGGAAAGGUGGAGUGAAAAGAGGCCAGAAUGUGCCAAAUAACAUGACUCUGUUUUUUGUUCACAAGGACGAGCUUAGCCACUUUUAAACUACCUCAUUUUCUCGAAACUGGCACAGCUCCAGUGUAGACUUGUUUCUGUUGAGCAGCUGGGAUUGUUUUCAACCUUUUUGUUUUAGUUGAACGUGCAGUCAAACUCUAAAGGACAUCAAAUCACCGGGCGAAUACACACCUCAAGAUGUUUCAUCAUAUUUGACUGUAAUGACACUGCAGACACUUCCUGUGUUGUAAUAUGUUUUAUUAUUCCCUGUUUAUAUCCAGAUUUUUUGCUUUGUAAAUGUACAAUCACUGAUUAAAACACUGAACCUAA